GGAGUUGGUGAGAGAAGAAAUCAGAUGAUAGUUCUUCUUCCAUUACCAUUCCAAAGUCACAUAAACCCUAUGCUCCGUCUGGGUUCAAUCCUCCAUGCCAAUGGAUUCUCGAUAACAGUUGCCCAUUCUGAAUUCAACCCUCCAAAUCCAUCUUCCCACCCUCAUUUUUCCUUCCUCCCUCUCCCCGACGCCGUCGACGUUACCUUACUCGACCAUUCUCCCAACUCUUUCUUCCGUUUCCUUUCAGAUCUCAAUACCAAAUGCAUGCCCCAACUCCUCCACCGACUGCCUCAACUACAAAACGAAAACAACGUAGCCUGCAUCAUCUACGAUUCCAUGUUCUACGAUGCCGAAGCUACUGCCAACCAGCUUGGGAUCCCCAGUCUGGUCCUAAGGAUAUGCAGUGCUACUUUCUCUCUCGUUCAAACCAAAUUGCCUGAUUUGAUUUCAAAUGGCCAUCUUAUCAUCCCUACUACACAAGAAGAUCAAGAUCAGAUAGUUCCACAACUUCAUCCUCUCCGACAAAGCGACCUUCAAAUCCUUACCAAUCCAGAUCCAAAGGAAGCGCUUCAACUCUAUUCCCAAAUGUCUAAGAUUACAACAACAAGGGGUAUCAUCUUUGAUACAAUUGACUGCCUUGAGCAACUCUCCUUAGAACAGCUCCGCGGGAAUUACGACGUACCCAUCUUCACUCCUGGUCCUUUCCACAAACUCGCCGGUCCUGUAUCCGCGGCGGCAGGUUCCAUGCUAUGGAAAGAAAACACAGACUGUCUAAAAUGGCUGGACAAGCAAAGUCCCAACUCUGUUCUGUACGUGAGUAUCGGGAGCGCCAUCGCUAUAGACGUGAAGGAAUUCGUGGAGAUGGCCAAUGCGUUAGCUGACUGCGAUCAACCCUUCUUGUGGGUUGUUCGACCCGGGUCGGUAAUAGGAAUAUCGGACGUGAAUGAGCAUUUGCCGGAGAAAAUGAAGAAAUUGGUGGCGGAUGAAACAGGGUGCAUGGUUGAAUGGUGCCCACAGGUUGAGUUGCUGUCUCAUAUGGCGGUUGGGGGGUUUCUUACACAGUGUGGCUGGAACUCGAUUCUGGAGGGUAUAUGUGAAGGAGUGCCGAUGAUAUGUAGGGCCGGAUGGGAAGAUCAGGUGAUGGCGGCGAGGUAUGUCUGCCAUGAGUGGGGUACUGGAGUUGAAUUAAAGGGAAACUCGCUGUUGUUGCCGUUGAAGAGGGGAGAAAUUGAGAAGGCGAUAAGGAAACUGAUGAAGAGUGAAGAAGGGAAGGAGAUGAGGAAAAGGGCUGCCGAUUUGAGAUCCAAAGUUGAGAUUGCUAUAGGCGAAGGUGGAUCUUCUUCAACUGACUUACAUGCACUUUUGGACUUCAUUUCCUCUUUCACUUCUUAGUUUCUUUUUGU